CGUGAACCACACACAAUGCAAGAGAUGUGCUUUCUGACUCCUUGGAACUUGUUUUCAGGUGUUGGUGAGAACGGAAUUGAAGACAUCAAAACUCAACCGUUCUUUUCGUCCAUUGACUGGGAGAAAUUAUUUAAAAAGGAAUUGAAGCCUCCUUUCAAGCCAGCUGCUGGUAGAGCGGAUGAUGCUUUCUAUUUUGAUCCUGAAUUCACUUCUAAAACACCGCAAGAUUCUCCAGCUGUUCCCCCAAGUGCGACUUGUCACCAACUUUUUAGAGGAUUUAGUUUUGUGGAUCCUGGACUUGUACAAGAAGAGUCAUCACAACUAACAUCUAAUGGAUCAGACAAAAUGGAGACAGAUCAUAAACCGGUCCAUAGUAUGUUCACCAUUAGAACAACGUCCAUUCUUGAAGAAUAUGAAAUUAAACAGGAAAUUGGCAGAGGAUCAUACUCAGUUUGUAGGAAAUGUGUUCACAAAGCAUCAGGAGGCGAGUAUGCAGUUAAGAUUGUAGAUAAGAGUAAAAGAGAUCCUACAGAAGAAAUUGAGAUUCUUUUACGAUAUGGAAGUUAUCAGAAUGUUAUUCAUCUCAGAGAUGUGUAUGAUGAUGGCAAAAACAUGUUUAUGGUGAUGGAGCUGAUGAGGGGAGGAGAACUUUUGGACAGAAUACUUAAACACAAGAGUCUAUCAGAGCGAGAGGCUGCACUGAUAAUGUUCACACUAGUCAGCACAUUCACUUUCCUCCAUGAGGAAGGGGUUGUCCACAGGGACUUGAAGCCAAGCAACAUAAUGUAUGCGGAUGACAGUGGAAGCCCUGAGUCUCUAAGAAUAGUUGAUUUUGGAUUUGCGAAACAAAUCAGAGCGACAAAUGGCUUGCUAAUGACGCCAUGUUACACGGCUAAUUUUGUGGCUCCUGAGGUGCUAAAGAAACAGGGUUAUGAUGCUGCUUGUGAUAUUUGGAGUCUGGGUGUGCUUCUUUACACCAUGCUUGCAGGGUGAGUGCUAAUUUAUGCAGUACAGCUCA